UUUCAAGGUCUAGUGGGUCUACCUUUACUGGUCCCAUCGAGACAGGCGAUCCGUAAGUAUGGGUGGGCAGUGGUAUGUAGUACUGGCCAUUUCGGAACAGGUAUUGAUCAUGAGUGUGGUCGCCCCUGCAGUAGGUGAGUGGGAUAUUAAACAGAGCGUCACGAUCGAGUCGUUGUCAAGUGACAUAUAUAUAUUAGGUGACAGCCUACAGGAGGCCGCUGACUGCCAGUCCUGGAGCGCCAUGUCACACUUGCCAACAACUGAAGAGCUGAACCGUAUGUCGCAAUCUUCAUAAGGCCUUGCAUGCUUCCGGGCUCUUUUGUUGAUCUAGUAACACUUGAGUAUCAUGAUGGUGGGAUGAUGGAUUGGAAUACUUGUUUGGCGCCUUGUCGU